UGCCAGAGAGUUCUGCCUGAUUAUUUUUUAGGACUGCUCUUAUUUUCUGAAGUAAGAAAGGCUAGCUCCCCAUUACCUUUUAAGUAAAAUGCUCAGUUUGCUCAGGAAAUGUUCAGACACCCCACGUAAUGCUGACUGUUUUCCUGCAGGACCCUACUGAUGUCAGCAGUGUUAGUUGUUCACGGUGGUGCCUGGGCCAUACCAGAUGAGAUGGCCCCUGCCUCUGUUGAUGGGGUGAAAGCAGCAGCACGCCAUGGAGCUUCAGUCCUGAAAAGUGGAGGAAGUGCACUGGAUGCUGUUGAGGCUGCUGUUAGGGCUUUGGAAGACAAUCCCAUUUUUAACGCAGGACAUGGAGCAACACUAAAUGUUGAUGGAGAAGUGGAGCUGGAUGCCAUUAUUGUGGAUGGAAGGACACUUGCCAGUGGGGCGGUGUCUUGCGUAACAAACAUUGCUAACCCUGUGUCCCUGGCAAGAGCUGUCAUGGAGAAGACAUCCCACGUAAUGCUGACUGGUAAAGGCGCGAACCAGUUUGCAGAGAGCAUUGGCAUCAACACCUUUCCCACUGAUAAACUGGUGACAGAAUAUGAGAAGAAGGAAUGGGAAAAGCACAAGAAAUACAUUGCAGGAGUAAUGCAAGAAUUCAACACUAAAUGGGCUCAUGAUACCGUUGGGGCGGUAGCUGUGGACUGUGCUGGGAAUGUUGCAUGUGCAACAUCAACUGGAGGCAUCAGGAAUAAAAUGGUUGGCAGAGUUGGAGAUUCUCCUGUGAUUGGCUGUGGAGGAUAUGCUGAUAACUCAAGUGGUGCUGUAUCAUGUACUGGACAUGGAGAAUCUAUUCUUAAAGUGACUCUGGCCAGACUCGUCCUGUCUCAUGUCGAACAAGAAAAAUCAGUAGCAGAUGCCUCACAGUUGUCCCUGCAGUACAUGAGUGAUCGUGUCCAAGGAGCAGGUGGCACAAUUGUAGUUGCUCCGUCAGGGCAGUGGGCUGCAACAUUCACCACCGAGCGGAUGGCUUGGGCUGCUGCUGUAGACGGUGAGCUGUGGUUUGGCAUAAACCCAGAAGAGAGGCUGAAAGAGAAACUGUCCCAGUAGAAGAAGGGUUUUUUAAUUAAUUUUUUGAAUAGUAAAUGACAAUCAUUUUAGAAGUAGUGUGUUCUCUUUUAUAGAAGUGUUUUUCUUUCACUCUGUGCAUAUUAGUGAA